AUGGCCCCCAUUGCCGUAGACAACAUCACGGAGGCUUCGGCCCUCCCACAAAAGGACGUCCAGCAUGUUAAUGGGUCGAGCAAGAAGCCCAAGAUUGCGCGGUGUGAUGCGAACGAUCCUGCCACGACGACAGAGCUUCUCGUGCCCAUCAUUGAGCGUGAUGGAGGUGUCAUCGUCGAGAACUUGAUCUCCAAAGAGUUGGCCAGUCGAAUCAAAUCCGAGCUCAAGCCCUAUUUCGACACAGAUAAGAAAGACUGCAGCGGCUUCUUUCCAGAGACCACUCAAAGAGCGACCGGGCUCCUGGGUCGAUCGGAUGGAUGUGUCGAAUUGGCCAUGAAUCCAAUAUAUAUCAAUGUAGCCAACAAGAUGCUUUCCUCGACAUACACAUACUGGUCAGGUCAAGAGCAAGAGACAGUAACAUCCAAGCCAAUUAUAUCCUCAACCGUCGCGUUCCGAGUAAACCCGGGAGGGAGACAGCAAGUACUGCAUCGCGACGACGGUGAUUACCACACCCGUAACGUUGAUAUGCCCAUGAUGUUGGGCUGUGUGACGGCUUUGACCAAGACGACAAAGGAGAAUGGUGCCACUAUCUGCAUUCCUGGGUCUCAUGUGUGGGGACCUGAUCGAUGCCCCUAUGAUGAAGAGGCUGUGCCUGCAGAACUGGAACCUGGAGAUGCUUUGAUUUUUGUCGGCAACCUUUAUCACGCCGGUGGUGGGAAUAUCACAAAAGAUCAAGCUCGCGAGACAAUCGGUAUCUUUCUUUGCAAGCCUUACUACCGACCAGCAGAGAACCAGUUCCUCAUGGUGCCACCGGAGAACGCCAGGCGAUUGCCGCCACAAGCACAACGACUCCUAGGAUAUGGCAUCUGCCGUCCCUCUCUUGGUUUUAUGGACUACCAGGACCCGAUGCGGGUGUUGUUUGGUGUUGAGGAUGAAGAAACUGUUGAUAUGUGA